AUGGAUACACUAGCUGUGCUAGCCCUUGGAUCCUAUCUCUUUAACGUAGACCUAAAGAUGGGCUUUAAAAAGCUAUUCAGGAAAGGCAAACCGAAAACCACUCCGGCUGAUAACACGGGUAGCAUCAAGAUUAACGACGUUCCGAGACAAAAUACCAUCUACUUGACACCCUCUCCCGAGUUUGCAAGCACGCCCAGAUGCCUUAGUGAGCUGAAGAAGCUAUCAGAGAGCAGCAAAACACACAACUUCUUCAAAAAACUCAGCACCAAGGAUAUUCCUAGGCAUUCUAGGAGCGUAAACACCAAGGGUCGUCAUGAGCGUGCCGGUCCCCCGGAACAGAGUAAUCCCCCCAAAUCCACUGAUGCAGUGUUCAUACAGCCUUUCCCGGACGAGCCGCCUUUACAACAGAGAUUGUACAAGGAGCUGGGCCCAAAUCCCUUGACUCUUUCCCCAAGUAGUGGCACCCUGGACGUGGCAUGGACAUGGACCGACCGUGUAUAUUACAUGCUUCAACCUUGCCUAUGUGAUCGUUUGGAUAUCGGCCCUGGAUUUCUGUAA